AUGUCGUCGAAAAGUAAAAUAGAAAAGUGGUUGCUAGCCGAUUGGAGCACAAGUCGCGGCACUGCAUCGAAAUUCAGCGAAGAAGCAAAGAGCCUUGCAAUAUCCACGGAUCGGAAUGAGAGCGGAAAUGAGACAGACCUGAAGGAAUGCCAACCAAAGAAAUCCACAGCAAGCUGUGGCCACAAUGAUUCAGGAGCCGGUGGAAGUCUGCCUAAUGAGGACCAGGACUACUCACCGAGUGCUUCGUCAUGGGAACCGUCUAAUAGUCAUUCUGAUGAUUCUGACGAAGAAGUAGAUAAAGAAAACAAUAUACAACAAUACCUCCGGCAAAUAUCAAUAAAAAGGCGUAACAAAAAGGACAUGACUCCGGUACACAGGCCUAAUGCAGUUGUAAAAGUAUUGCAGGAACGAAAAUUGAACGCUAACCAAAGUCGUAAAAGAAAACACAAUGCAAUACAUCAACAUACCAAAAGUUUCGUAACCAAUUCAACGAAAAAAACCCAACCUAAAAACACAAUGAAUAUACAUUUAAAAAGCGUUUUGGAAAUCAGAGAGACUUUCCAACAGUUGUUCGGAAUGAUAAACGAUUUAAAGGUUAAAGCUAUGGGAAACAUAAAAAAUGAAACGCUAAAUCAUAGCGAAAAUACAAAAGAAAAAAGUUUUGAUGAUAUACUCAGCCACAGAAGUGAAGAAUCCAAUCGUUCUGAUGAUAAUGUAUUGAUUACUAAUAAAUACUCCACAGUUGGCUCUGUUUCAAGCAACGAACAUAAUCGGGAUAAAUUGCAAGAUGAAUGGGUUCCUAUUGGAAGCGGUAAAACGCUCAUACACAAAGACAAAUACAGAAAAGUUAAUUGGAAAUCUUAUACUAUUGCAACGAGAACUUUGUUACUGGCAACAUUUCCUCGAAGGAUACUGGCAACGCAUUCUUUAACUGGAAAACGAUCGCCGGCUUUUCAAAAUAAACCCGCCAAAAUGUGUUUAGAUCCAAAGAUCGUGUCGGAUGUACUUAUAGAAAUAACAUCAAAAUUUAAAGUUAAAGAAAACUUAGUUAGGAGUAUAAUAACAACAAAAUGCGCUGAUGAGGCGAAAAUGUACAAAAUGAGAUUAGAAAGUAAGAAAAAAAAUUCCAAGGCAAGACAGUCUUCCAGCGAUCAUGAGGACGUACCAUUACAAAAUUUGAAAAAAGAGAGAAAUAGUAAGUAGUUGUUAGUGAUGUUUAUAAGUAGAUUUUAAGGAUAAUUUUUACUUAAAAUGGCCCUGAGAUGUUUUUUUUGUGAAUAAUGACUGAGUCCAAAAUCACUUUUUGUUAUGUGAAUAUGCGAUUAUGUUAUUUAAAACGUAACUAAAUUAAUAAAUUAAAACUAAAAUAAUGAAAUGUGAUAUUUGCUUAGCAAUGACGUCUUUCAAUUGCUGUUUGUCGAAUGUCACCAUUACCGGAUUUAGGGCCUGUUUCAAAAUGUAUGGAUAAAGUCCCAAAUAGCUAUGCAACACAUAAAUUAUUCGAAAGAUAAUAGUUCCGAAUAAUAUAUGUACUUGGCAUUUCAUGACGAAU